AUGAAAACCUUAACACCUUUACUAAAAAAAAAAAUUGAUAUUUCAAACUGGAACAAACCGGAACAUAUACCAUUAGCAGAUGAACGUUUUAAUAUACCACAACGAGUCGACAUGGUAUUGUGUGUUGACAUAUUUUUUGAUAUUUUGGAGAAUGGUAAAAUUGCCUUAGGACGCAAUCGUCCCAUACUAACUAAUACACGUUUAGGCUGGAUUUUCGCGGGGACACUUCCACACCAUGCAAAUUCAAUUGCAUAUGUCAAGUGCAACGCAUUACAAAUGUCUAACGUUCAACAAAAUAAUCACCUGUCUGAUGCUAUUAAAGCAUUUUGGGAAAUUGAAAGUUUUAAGGAAUGUUCGCCAAAAUUAUCACAAGAAGAAGAGCAGUCUGAGUUACAUUUUCAAAAUAAUUUUACGAGGUUGCCAGACGGACGAUUUGGUGUAAAGUUGCCUUUCAAAUCAUCAAUAUCUUUAUUGGGUAAGUCUUACGCCAUUGCUUUUAAACGCUUUCUGGCACUUGAGAGAAAGUUUGAAACAAAUGAACAAUUACGUAGUGAUUAUACUAAAUUUAUAAAUGAAUAUAUUCAACUUUCACAUAUGGAAAUUGUACAAUCAUUUGAUUUUUCACAAUCACAUUACGUGUUACCGCACCACUGCCCCAAUAAACUUUCGAGUUCCACAAUAAAGUUACGCGUCGUAUUUGAUGCGUCAUCAUAA